AUGCGGGGUAGCAAUUCAAUUCUACAAGUGGCUGUUACACUAUGUCUUGCAUUGACUGUGAUGGCUCACAAUGUCCUAUUACCUGCUCAAGGGAUCAGAUGUUUUUUUGAACCAUUGAAGAAAGGUGAUGAACUUUCGAUCACUUAUCAAUUUGGUGACAGAGACGCACAAUCCAGUGAGCAAUUAAGAGGUGACUUUAUGAUUUAUGCUCCAGGCAGACAAGAAGUCGUCAGAAUUCUGAGAGAUUCUUCUCACGGGGAAAUCGAGUUUACCGCAACCACAAAUGGUAAAUAUGAAUACUGUUUUUCCAAUGAAAAUUCCAAUAUAAAUACAAAGGAUGUCACAUUCAAUAUUCAUGGUGUCGUCUGGGUUGAUCUGGAUGAUCCAAACUCAAACACCUUAGAUAGUGCAGUAAGAAAGCUAUCGAAUUUAAUCCAAGAAGUUGAAGAUGAACAAAGUUACAUCGUUAUUAGAGAGAGAACUCAUAGAAAUACAGCCGAAUCCACUAAUGAUCGUGUUAAAUGGUGGUCAAUGUUCCAACUUGGUGUUGUCGUUUUGAACUCAUUAUUCCAAAUUUAUUACUUAAAGCGGUUUUUCGAAGUAACAUCUUUUGUUUGA